AUGGAUUACAACGGUCAUCAAAAUACUUGGAAUUGGCAUGGGGAGAAUUUUGGUGUUCAAAACAACUCUGAUUCUGAUCCCUCACGAGAUGAUUGGACUCAACUGACCUUCAAUGAGGAAGACCAUUCCUACAUGUUUGAUGAAACAACCCCUGUUAAGGAAUGUGGAGAUCUAUCAUACUAUUUUACACAUAAUGAUAAUAUAAGAAAGGAACCAGAGGAUGAGAGGGAAGCCUCUUCUCAAAUUAGAAAAAGGUGUAGGAUGUUUCGGUUUGACACUCAUGACGUAGAGUCUUCGCUUUUCUGUGAAGAGACGCCAUCUACAUUCCUAAAAUCAAGUGAGACUGAUCAUUUAACUGAAGAGGUUUUACCCGAUGCAUUUCAAUGGGGUGCUGGAUUUUCAGAGGAUGCAUCAGCUUCCAGUUAUGAGGGCCUAGAUCAGUUGUGUGAAGGGUGGCUUGCUGAUUAUUUUAAUGAUGCUGAUAUGUUUCUUAGCACUGAUGAUAUGAAUCUUACUGCAGCAUCUGAUGUUCAUAUUGAUAUUACAGAGUUGAACAAUGCGCCACCCGAGCCUGGCCCUGAUGCUGUUCAAAAGCAGGGAACUCAAACCUCUCAAAAUGUAGUUUUCAAAAGUAGAAAGUCAUUGAAUUGCCCUCCCUCGAAGCUACAGUCUUCUAUUGCCUAUCCAUUUGCUUUCAUUAAGCCCUGUGGUUUCCAUGGAGAUGUUACCCUCGACAUUAUAAACCAGCGAAUCCAAACACCCCCACCUUCAAAACUAAAAGAAAGCAAUGCUCUGCCAUUUUCCGCAUUUUCCAGGAAGCCGAUCGUCGGCAAAACUAAAAUCCGGACCGAAGGAGGUAAAGGCAGCAUCACAAUUAUGAGAACCAAAGGAUAAAAC